AUGUGUUUUGUACUAGGUCAUCCACGUCAUUCACAAUCACAAGGCUACGUGGAACGAGCUAAAACUGUUGCAUUGGGUCAAUGGAUGUCAACAAACAAUUCAGAUCGUUGGUCAGAAAGCCUUUUGCCGGUUGUUUGUGGAAUCAAUACAAGAAUAUCAAGUGUAACAAAAAUAACAUUUGAAGUCAUGUUUGGACAACCAUCACGUUCGGAUUCAGAUUUUUGGAAAAUUGUUAAAGAACAUAAUGUUGAGGAUGAAGAUCAGUUACUCAAUCAGUUGAAAAACUCAAUAGUUGAAAAAUAA